CCGUCGCCCAGGUUGUCUCGAGAGCAUCCUGGUGUUAGCAGUUUGCUGCGGUCAGAAAACCCAAGUAAAGACGCAGCUUACACUUGAUGGAGAAAUAAUGUAUUUAACUCUUAGGAAAAGGAAGAAGACCAGGAGCUACUGCGGAGGUGUUUUCCGCCACCGUCUGACUGCUCGCACCUGAAGAGGCCAGUUGAAAAGGCUAGCAAACAUUUAGCGAUUAGCUAAUCGUUCAAACUUUGACGGACAGCUAGUUGCUAACGCUGUUUUACAUCUGGACAGGGAACGGAUCAUUUUGUUGGAGCUAUUAUACCAGCAAAAAAAUUUAAUUCAAAGAUUUCAUUUUUAAAAAGCCGAUUUCAAAAGUAACGCGUCAUUACAAAAGUAACUAUUAGCUACCUUCUGGAUAAUGACCAAUGAUACACAGCUAAUGCUAACAACAACAGUACGUUAAACUGCAUAUAGUGUCAAACUAACGGCUACGUUUGGUGACAGGAAUUGAAAGCAACACUAUUAUUUCCUCUUAAUGUUGGUGCGGAUCAGGCAGCCGUUACAAAGCAACACGUCCUUGUUUUUCUUUGGUUAUUGACAUGACUGAGAAACAAUGCGAAACAGCAGGAUGUCAGAUGCGUGGGGAUUAAUGUUAUUCCCUCAAAAACACAUCGGUCCUGUCUUUUCGAUAAUCCCUGCCUUCCUCGCAAUGCAUUCACAAUAGAUCUGUGUACUUGUCGAGCCUGUAGCGCAGUUAUUUAGCAUUUAGGUUUAUUAAAUCAGUCUCUACAAGACCCCCAAACACCUUUAAUUAUGUCUGGGGACACAUCUGACAGUAGUGAUGACUCCGAUGGGAAAUCAAACAAACAUCAAACUGUCAAACAUCAAAUCACUAAUGCGAAUCUCACAGGUCACACUGAAAGGGUCGGCAUGGAGAACUUUGAGCUGCUCAAGGUUUUAGGCACCGGAGCUUAUGGAAAAGUGUUUUUGGUUAGGAAGAACACCGGCCACGAUGAAGGCCAGCUGUAUGCUAUGAAGGUUUUAAAGAAAGCAGCGAUUGUUCAGAAAGCAAAAACAACAGAACACACUCGCACUGAGAGGCAAGUGCUAGAGCACAUUCGCCAGUCUCCCUUCCUGGUGACGCUUCACUACGCCUUUCAAACCCAAAGCAAGCUGCAUCUCAUCCUAGACUAUGUGAGCGGCGGGGAAAUGUUUACUCAUCUUUACCAGCGAGAUCACUUUUCUGAGGAUGCGGUGCGGAUUUAUAUCGGGGAAAUAAUUCUUGCUCUGGAGCACCUGCACAAGCUUGGGAUCGUGUACCGUGACAUCAAAUUGGAGAACAUCCUUCUAGACAGCGACGGCCAUGUGGUGUUGACGGAUUUCGGGCUCAGCAAAGAGUUUCUGGAAGAAGAUAAAGGAAGGACCUACUCUUUCUGCGGCACCAUCGAAUACAUGGCUCCAGAAAUCAUCAGGGGAAAGACUGGCCACGGCAAGUCAGUAGAUUGGUGGAGUCUGGGGAUCCUGAUGUUUGAGCUGCUGACAGGAGCUUCUCCUUUUACCUUGGAGGGAGAAAGAAACUCUCAGAGCGAGGUGUCAAAGCGUAUCCUGCGCUGCGAUCCACCAUUUCCCUCAAUGAUUGGAUCUGUUGCUAAGGACCUGCUGAGGAAGUUACUGGUGAAAGAUCCACAUAAGAGACUCGGAUCGGGACCCAGAGGAGCCGAGGACAUCAAAGCACAUCCUUUCUUCAAGGGACUGAACUGGUCUGACCUAGCACAGAAGAAGGUAGCGAGUCCAUUCAAACCAGAGCUGAAAAAUGAACUGGAUGUUGGAAACUUUGCUGAGGAGUUUACUGGAAUGGAUCCGGUAUACUCGCCUGCGAGUACGCCUCCCAGCACCGACCGCCUCUUCCAGGGAUACUCAUUUGUCGCUCCCUCCAUUUUGUUCAAUAAGAACGCCGUCAUGGGAGACUUUUUUGAAACCCAGGUUGGAGCCGAACGCCCAGCUUCUACUUCUGUGCAGCAAAGUGCAAUGUUGAAGGAGUCGCAGUUCUUCCAGCACUAUGACCUGGAUCUUCAUGGACCUCCGCUCGGUGAGGGGAGUUUCUCCGUUUGCAGGAAAUGCAGACACAAGCAAACUGGCCACGAGUAUGCCGUCAAGAUCGUUAGCCGCAGAAUGGAGGCUAAUACUCAGAGGGAGAUUGCUGCCCUGAGGCAGUGUGAAGCUCACCCCAACAUUGUCAAGCUCUAUGAUGUCUACACUGAUCAGUAUCACACGUAUUUAGUGAUGGAGCUCCUGCAAGGCGGGGAGUUACUGGAUAGGAUCAAGAAGAAGAAGCUGUUUGGAGAGGCGGAGGCCAGUCAGCUGCUCCAGAGUCUGGUCUCCGCUGUCGGCUUCAUGCACGAGGCAGGAGUGGUGCACAGAGACCUGAAACCUGAGAACGUGCUGUUCACUGAUGAGGGCGAGGACUCCGUGCUGAAGGUCAUAGACUUCGGGUUUGCCCGCCUGUGCCCUGCAGGCAGCGCCCCUCUGCAGACGCCCUGCUUCACGCUGCAGUAUGCCGCUCCGGAGCUUUUCGAGAGCGCGGGAUACGACAAGUCCUGCGACCUCUGGAGUCUCGGGGUCAUCUUGUACACCAUGCUGUCAGGCCAGGUGCCGUUUCAGAGCGAGCAGCGUGGAAUGACCUCAUCCUACGCUGUAGACAUCAUGCAGAAAAUAAAGGAGGGGGAUUUCUCAUUGGACGGGGAGGCGUGGAAAGGUGUAUCAGAGGAUGCCAAAGAGCUGGUUAAAGGACUUCUGACUGUGGAUCCAGAGAGACGCCUGAAACUCUCCGACCUGAAGGAGAACAGCUGGCUGCAGGGAGAAGCUUCCAUGUCCACCACUCCUCUGUGCACCCCGGAUGUGUUAGAGUCCAGCGGGCCGACAGUCCGCACCUAUGUCAAUGCAACAUACCAGGCGUUCAACCGAUGCAAGAGAGAGGGCUUUUUCCUGAAGAGCGUCGACAACGCUCCCCUCGCGAAGCGACGCAAGCUUAAGAUGACGAGCACAGGCGUGGAGACCCGAUGGAGUUCCUCCUCCUCCUCGUCCUCUUCCUCCACCUCCUCCUCGGCAUCCAAAGAGCAGAACAAGCAGACUGUGACCCCGAAGCACAGCAAGCCCAAAUGAUGCAGCGAGAGAGCAACACUGAAAAGUAAAAGGUGUAUCCUAACACCGAGGACAUUAUGUCCGCCACUGGGUCGUUUUCCUUAAAAACAAAACAAAACAAAAACAAACCUUCAGUGAGGGAUUGAAAAACUGGUGCGGGUACAAAGAAAGUUUUAAUGCAAAAAUAUUUUCAUUCCUUCUGCCGCACUCUACUCAAACCAAACGUGUAUUUUUCUUGAAAAGAGAAGACGUGCCCUUGAAGAUUUGAAUUUCCUAUUCAGUAUUUUUAUUUUUUUUUUCACAGCCUAAUCAGUUUAUCCUCACUGUGGCUACAGAACAGUGCCUGGUUGGAGGAGGAGGAAAAGG